AAUUAAAUUUUGGAGCCUAUACAUGCUAUAGAUGUGUCUGCAUAGUCUGGAUACUGGUUUAGGCUACUACAAUUGGUGUGGCUUACAAAAGGCAAUCAAUCAGAGAGUUCAACAUGUCAACAGUAAGGCUGAUCUUAUCUUGUCUGCUUUUUAAAGAGGUCGCCGCACUGUCAGGGAACUUCUGGCACAUUACGGAUCAGCACUGGGACCCAACAUACAAACUGAGCGAUAAUCCUGAACUUGUGUGCCAAUCUAGUGGCAAACGACCCGCAGCCAAUGCGGGGGAAUUUGGAGACUAUGCUUGUGACUCGCCAUGGAGUCUUAUAAACUCCUCUGUGUAUGCCAUGAAGGAUAUUCUACCAGACCCGGACUUCAUUGUUUGGACAGGAGAUGACACACCACAUGUAGACCUGGGAGAAGAUGCAGUGCUCUCCAUUAUCAGCAACCUUACCCACAUUAUAAAUCAGGUGUUUCCAAACACUAAAGUGUACCCUGCUCUGGGAAACCAUGACUACCACCCUAAGAGCCAGCUUCCUGCUGGCCCAAACCACAUCUAUAACCAGACAGCAGAAAUGUGGCAGGAGUGGUUGGAUCCCGGGUCCCAGGGAACAUUUAAAAAAGGUGGAUAUUACACGGAAAAGCUGCUCAAUCGAGCAGGUUUCAGGAUGCUGGUCCUCAACACUAACCUCUACUAUGACCAGAACAACGUGACCAAGGACAUGGUCGACCCAGCGGGCCAGUUUCUCUGGGCGGAUCAGGUUCUUAAAGAGGCCGCCAACAACAACGAAAAGGUGUACAUCAUAGGCCACGUGCCCCCAGGUUUCUUCGAGAAGAAGAGAAGUAAGCCGUGGUUCGUGCCUGCAUUCAACAAGCUAUACUUGGAUUUAAUUCAGAAGCAUCAUUCAGUCAUACGUGGACAGUUCUUCGGCCAUCAUCACACCGAUAGCUUCAGAAUGUUCUACGACUCAGACGGCUCUCCUAUCAGUACAAUGUUCCUCAGUCCAGGUGUCACACCUUGGAAAACAACACUUCCUGGAGUUGUGGAUGGAGCCAACAACCCCGGGAUUCGUGUCUUUGAAUAUGACACCGAAACACUCCUGGUUAAAGAUGUGGUGACGUAUUAUCUGAACCUGACUCGCGCUAAUGCAGCCGGAGGACGCUGGGAGAAGGAGUAUCGGCUCACAGAGAGCUUCAGAGUACCGGACGCCUCCCCGGCCUCCAUGCAUCAGACUCUGGAGCGUAUUGCCAAUGACCGCUGCUACCUGCAGAAGUACUACGAGUUCAACUCUGUGAACUAUGACCUGACUGAGUGUAACAGCGACUGUCGCAUUGACCACGUGUGUGCAGCCAGAGAGGUAGACUUUGAAAGGUAUGAACGCUGUGUGGAAAAAGAAGGGGCUGCUGUUAUGUAUGGGGGGCUGCUGCCGGUCCUCUCCGUGGCUGUAGGUGUGGUGCUGGCCAAUCGGUAAUGAUGAUCUCUACAGUAUCUUAUUACUCAUGAUGUUUAAAAUGCAUUAUUCAAGCUUCAAGGAGUGAUUGGAUAGAGAAACUAAAAAUCAAGAUAAUUGUGGUUAUGUAAAUAUUUAAUAUCACAGGAUUAAAUCGUAUGACAUCUAUAAUUCAGGUGAAGCACGUACUUAAGUAGGGAAAACACAACCUUUGGCUUCAGCAAUCUUUGGUGUGGCUUUUGACCUUGGUUUAUUGGUGCUGGUUGAAUAUCUUAAUUUCCAGUCAAUAGAAAAGAUCUUUGUGGUUUUAAUGUGGCUCCAGAGGAUAAAGUACAUUUUAUUCAACUGUGAUGUUCUGGAUCAAAUCAAUGUUUGAAGCUUUCCCGUCAAACUCUUCUGUGUCAAUUUAAUAAAACCAGAAAU